AUGAAGCUUUCCUCUUUCUUGGCUGUUACUAGCCUCUUCUUUUUACCCCCCACCGAUGCUUUUCUCAGCAGAUCCCAUAUCAAAUCCACCAAUAUCACUCAGGAUCUAGUCAGAUGGGACGAACACUCACUCUUUAUCCGAGGGGAGCGUAUCGUCAUCUUGUCCGGCGAGUUUCACCCAUGGCGUAUUCCUUCACCAGGACUCUGGUUAGACGUGCUCCAGAAGAUCAAAGCGGUAGGUUAUAACGCAGUGUCAUUUUACGUCAACUGGGCCUUGCUCGAGGGCAAACCAGGCGAGGUACGCAUGGACAAUGUGUUUGAUCUUCAACCUUUCAUCGACGCCGCCGUCGAGGCUGGACUCUAUCUCAUCGCACGACCUGGUCCCUAUAUCAACUCUGAGCUCUCUGGGGGCGGCUUUCCUGGCUGGUUACAGCGCAAUAAGGGUGAAUUGAGAUCAAUGGCCCCAGAUUACACCAACGCAACGGAAAACUACAUUUCAAGCGUCCUUCGCGUCAUCUCAGCUGCUCAGAUAACCAACGGCGGACCCAUAAUCCUUGUGCAGCCCGAAAACGAGUACAGUCUAGCGGUCGGAACAGCCAACCCGGUUGAGUCAACCAAGCUAUUGGACCCAAACUACAUGGUUUUUAUGGAAGACCAGUUUCGACGAAAUGGUAUUGAAGUUCCUUUGAUUGGCAAUGACGCCGUGCCUUUGGGCAACUGGGCGCCUGGAUCUGGAAAAGGGGAGUUGAACAUCUACGCGCAUGACGCUUACCCUUUUUACAAAGGAUGCGAUCACCCCACGGACUGGACGGAUCUCACUGCUUUAAGUUUGACGUAUACGUAUCAAAACCAUCUGCAGCAGAGCCCAAGCAGCCCCUAUGCCGUAUUGGAGUACCAGGGGGGUGCCCCCGAUCCAUGGGGAGGUGUUGGCCUAGAUAAGUGCGCAGCAAAGAUUAACCAGGACUUUACCCGUGUCUUCGUGAAAGAGCUUGUGUCGCGCUCUAUCAAGAUACUCAAUCUCUACAUGACAUAUGGCGGGACAAAUUGGGGGAACAUGGGUCACUCAGAGGGCUACACUUCCUACGAUCAUGGUGCUUCCAUUAGAGAGAAUCGUGGGAUCGACCGGGAAAAGUACAGCGAGGCCAAGAUCGAAGCCCAUUUCCUCCGUGCUUCCGAGGCCUAUCUCACAGCCAUCCCCCAGAACGCUACGUCUACCGAGUUUGUUAGCACACCAGACCUCCAAGUUGUUCCAAUCGUAGGGGACAAGACUCGGUUCUACGUUGUGCGCCAUACCGAUUACACCUCACUCAACCGCACUUCCUACAAACUCAAUGUGCCGACAUCUGUCGGCAACAUCUCCAUCCCCUUGCUAGGCGGCGAUCUGUCGCUACAUGGGCGAGACUCUAAAAUCCACAUCACAGAUCAUGAUGUCGGCGGCACCAGCUUGAUCUACUCGUCAGCGGAGAUAUUCACCUGGAAAACCUACGGAAACAAGACACUGCUCAUCUUGUACGGAGGCGACGGCGAAGAGCACGAGUUCGCUGUGCCAUCCUCGUUAGGAUUACCGCAUUUUGAAGGUAGCAACGCGACAACGCGCACUUAUGGCAGCUUCAGAGCUGUUCACUGGGUGGUCCAAGAAAGGAGACAGGUUGUGCAUUUCGAAACCUUCGAAAUUCAUCUCCUAUGGCGCAACGACGCCUACCGCCAUUGGGUCCUUGAUCUUCCCGAUACUAAUGAUGGAUUGAUCAAGCCUACUCUAGGGAAGUCAUCAAUCAUUGUCAAGGGGCCUUAUCUUCUGCGGAAUGCAACUUUUGCUGAUGGAGUUCUCCAUUUGACGGGAGACAUCAAUGCUACUACGACUCUUGAGAUCCUAGGUGGGGUCCCUUCGAACAGCCCUCUUACCUUCAAUGGCCGCCCCCUUUCGAACGCCCAAUGGAAGAAUGGCAGGCUCCAAGCUGAGCUCGUCUUCGAGAGUCCAGCUCUCAACCUGCCCGUCUUCCCCGAACUGCAAUGGCAUUCAAUCAAUUCGCUCCCAGAGAUAUCUAAUAGCUACGACGAUUCCGCCUGGACCGAGGCAGCGCUAGAGAAAAGCAACAACCCUCGCAAUUUAACGACCCCAACAUCGCUCUACUGCAGUGACUACGGGUUCCAUGGCGGUUCACUCAUCUAUCGAGGCCACUUCACCGCGACUGCUAACGAAUCAUUCUUCAACGUGACGACAGCAGGAGGCUUUGCUUACAGCCACUCUGUCUGGGUUAACGACACCUUCCUCGGGUCUUUUGCUGGAGAUUCUCACACUGCUAACUCAACGCAAGUUUUUGAUCUUGCUGGACUAAAACUCGAGGGCCCUUCAGUCUUCACUGUCGUCAUUGACCAUAUGGGCAUGAGCAUGAACUUCUGGGCACGAUCUGACUGGAUGAAGCUUCCACGCGGCAUCGUUGACUUUUCACUUGGUGGUCAUCAGCAGUCCGACGUGAAAUGGAAGCUCACCGGUAAUUUUGGAGCCGAAAGCUACAUUGACAAGACGCGUGGUCCAUUGAAUGAGGGUGCAUUCUAUGCCGAACGACAAGGCUAUCAUCUUCCAGGGGCACCCACAUCUGACUGGGCUUCAGUGACACCAUUUGAAGGCAUCAAGACAGCCGGUGUAGCUUUUUAUAAGACGGAGUUCCCCUUGGAUAUGCCAAUCGGCUACGACAUCCCUCUGAGUUUUGUCAUCUCGAAUGUGACGGCUUCAACCGGAGCGUCGAGCCUCUUCCGCGCGCAACUUUUCGUCAACGGGUACCAAUUUGGCAAGUAUGUCAACUAUCUCGGCCCGCAAACGCGCUUCUCUGUUCCAGAGGGCAUCCUCAACUAUAACGGCAACAACACGGUGGCACUUACUCUUUGGGCUUUGGACGGAUCGGGUGCACGUCUCGAAGGGUUCGAGUUGGCAGCGGACCACAUCAUCCAGUCAGGCUACCGAAAACCUGGGCAGACACCUCAACCGUCGUGGGUGGAGAGAGUCGGGGCGUACUAA